UUAUUUCCAUCUUGUCUGAUGCUUAUUUGAAUGUAGACAGUAUUAAAAAAAGUUAUGAAUAAAAUACAUUGAAAAAAAAUACAAUAUAUAUUCCCUAAAAGUCUAAACAACUUCUGUGUAAGCUAUAUGUACAGUAAAAUCAGUAGAAUAAACAUUUUGAAAUCGUUUUUAUAAGAAUAUCAGAAUUUCAUGCUUUUGUUUUGUUUCCUAAUUAAUUUCCUUGCUUUUCUGGAUAUAGAUCAACCUGGUAGGCACUGGGUUACUGCACAAUCCCUCACAGAGCCAGAAGUUUAUAGCCCUGAUAAAGAGCUCAGCGUGGAUCGCUGUGGCUCAGCUAUUCUACAAUGUUGUAUUUUUGAUUACAGAAAAGGAGAAAUUGUUUGGUUUAAGCAACAAAACAGAAAACCACCUGUUUUUAUAGCCGGGCCUUUUAACCCUGCUGGAGAAAUGCUUUACAGUGAAUUCCAAAAUUCCCGCUUUCAGGUUGAAAAAAGUAAAGAAAACUGCUUUAUUUUGACCAUUUCAAACACCACGCUGUCAGAUGAAGCCACGUAUUACUGCACACUCAUGUUUUCAGCUAAGACUUAUUUAAAAAUUAAAGGAACAUCUACGCCUGCUCUGUGUGAUCAUUCAUCAACAUCUGAACCAACACUGCAUGGAAACAGCAUUCACACCGACACACAAGACAAAACAGUAUCAGAAAUGAUCAGAUCUUUACAAUGGACAGUGACCGGUUUGGGAACGGCUUUGGGUUUGUCCACAGUUCUGAUUUUCUGCCUCAUUUAUUUCAUGCUGAGGAAAAGAAAAUGUGAAAGCUGUAAAUUAAAGACUUCUACAGAAAACUCUACAGGAACUAGGCAGGUACAUGUGCAGGAUAAUAAAGAUGAAACACUGAACUAUGCAGCUUUGAAAUUCUCCAAGCAAAAACCCAAAGCUGAAAAAAGAAAAACGUUCUCAUCUGUUGAGUUUGUGUACUCCGUUGUGAAUUAUCAAUAACUAAGAUAUUAUUAAACCAACAUUUUUGUAAUUCAAGCCCAAACUCUGUUAUUUGUAGAUUUUAUUAUUCAAACAAUAUGCUAAUAGAUACAAUAUCUCUGUUUAAUAUUAUAAGAAAUAUUUUUUUAAAAAUUUCCCAUAUAUUCAAGAUAUUUUUAUUCAGUAUCCAUUUUUAAAGUAACUUCUAAUGAGUUGUCCAUAGUUUUAUUUUGUUUAUUUACAGUUUCCACUCUGUGGAGAUUUUGUAGUGUCAUUUGCGUAACUUUCAUUUUUACUGAAGACACAAUAAAUGUAAAUAGUUGAUUAAAAAUGUAACAAAAACAUUAUCUUAAAAGUGCUUUUUUUCUGAAUAAUGAGCAAUAUUCUUAGUUUAAAGUCAUGCAGUGUGACUUUUACAUUAACUGCUAUAAUGCUUCCAUAACUUAAUUUACUUAAAAAGUCAUUUUUACUUUAUUGUGUAAUAAAAAUAUUACUAUAUUUUUAUACCUUAAAUCUAAACAUGUCAAAUGAAAAUGAAACCAAAUGAAGAAGAGUGCAGUCUGGGUUGAAUACA